AUGAAUGUUAAUUUAAUAUGUCCUCAACACAAAUAACAUGUAACAUACGCCUGUCUUGAUUUAGAAUGCCAAGCAUUCCCUUUUAUGUGUUAAAUUUGUUUGAGUGAUUAGUCAACCAUCUCACAACAUACCAAACAUAAUCAAUUCUUAAUCCCUUAUCCACAGUACAUUACCUAAAUGAGUAAGAACAUCCAAAACAAUAUCAAUGAAGCUCAUUAAUUCAAUGAUCUCUUUAAACAAGAGUCUUAGGUCUUAUAACAACUAUUAUCGUCUGAUGAACACAUCAGUAAUAUUGAGGCGUAGAUAUCAUAAUUAAAGCAUCAGAUUAAUUCUGAUAUCAAAUUAACAUUGAACUCAAUUAGCAAAGAGUUUGACGCACAGAAAGCUGAAUUAUUCAACAAACUAGAUUCUUAUCUUUAAAUCUAAAAAAGUAACUUAUUCAUCCUAAAAGAACAAAUUGAACCCAUCCAUUUUUUAUUGACUAAGUGCAAAUAUUAUACUAAUGAGAAUAACUUGAAAGUAACAUAUGUUCAAUAUCUAGUAAAAAUUACACACUAAGCCAGAUUUAGGAUCGUAAGUCAAGAUUUCAAUCAAAUAACUCUAAUAAAAAUAGCCAUCAAUGUUGAAAUUAAACUUUGAGAUAUUCAAAAAAUCAUAAGAGAUGAAAAUAAACACCUCCAUUUUAAAUCAAUUAUUAAAUGAAACCCAAAAUUCAAUCACCGAAUAUUUUAAUAAGAAUCUAUCCAUCCCAACAUCAACUCUCUUGGAAAUCCCUCCCUCAUAUAACAAUUAGACUCUUACCCCUAUCAAAAGCAAGUCCUUAGAAUUAUGCUAUUCUGAAAGACCAGUACCAAUUGAUGAUAACAAAACAACAAUCAAGUUUAUUGAUUCUAAAGUACCUAUUUCAAACUUACAACCUAAUUUGGAAAUUCCAAAGUUUAAUGCACAAGUAUUGGAUUAAAGAAUCAUAUAAGAAUAGAACCAAACAAAAGUAAUGUAUUAAAUAAAUCAUUUCCUAGAAUCAUCUAAGUGCUAAAUUCAGGAUUAAGAAAAAGUUGAGUAUAGAAUUCCAGGUUCAGACAAUGGCCCUAGUUAAUUAUUCUCAUGUAGCUCUGGGAUUAGUAGAUGGAACUGUGAAAUUAUUAGAUAUGAACACUAGUAAAGUGAGUUUUUAUCCAAACACUUACAUAAAACACUCAAAACCCAUCAAUUAAUUAGUUGUACUUAAGUAAGAUAAAGGAAUUAGAUUGGCAUCAUUGAGUGAUGAAAAUUAUGCAAUAAUUUGGACAUUAGGUGAAAAUUAUGUACCUUAUCCUGAAAGAAAACUAGUUGGUUUUAAAUAAAAGUUAAAUCAUAUCAUGGAUUUAGCUGACUCGUCUCAUUUUCUUUGUUAAAGUGAUACCUUUUUAUAAAUAAUAAAUUAUCAUGAUAAUAGAAUAUUGUGUGACUUUGAUUAUAAAGGUUAAUUAGUAGAGUUUGUGUAUUUAAAUAAAUUUGAGAGAUUUGCUACGAUUUCACAAGGAAAUAUUGUGUCUAUAUAUAGUUUGAAAUUGAGUGGGAAUUAACAAAAUGCUACUUAAUUGGUAAAUUGCUAAUUAGAAUCGAUUCAACCUGCUAUUCCAAUUUCUAAUAUAAGCACUUGUAUUGGAGUAGACUUUCAAAAUGAAUUAAUUAUUUGCUAUGGAUGUUGGGAUGGAUAAGUAAGAUUGUACAAUGUGUUUAAGAACAGUUUACUUGGAGAACAUUAGGUAUUUAAGGUGAUAGAUAUUAUAGUUAUUUAAUAAUAGGAUCAAGGAAAUGAUUAUUUUAAAACAAGAAAAUUAAUUUGUUUUGGUAGUUAUUGCUGAAAAUUCAAAAUAAAUAAAAGGGAUUUUGAUUAAAAAAAAUAAAGUACUUCUAUUGGACAAGUAUGGAGAACUGCUUGAUUGUCCGAGUAAGAAUGGAAGUAAUGUGUUGUAGUAAACAGUAGUAAAAAAUAAAAACGGAAUAUUCUUACUAAGUGAAACAUAGAAAGAUAUUGGUUUAUAUGAAUUAUGCUGA